AUGUGGGACCCAUCAAGAGAGUGGACAAAGUUAGGAGGAAAGGCUGUUAUAACAGUGAAAAACAAUCCAGUACAAUGGACAACUCCUCUUGGACUUCCUGUUGUUCAACCAUACCGCAAGUUAGGAAGGCAUCUUAUUAAGACAUCUCUUCAAGUUUUGACAUUACAACGAGAAACCGAUAAGGUGAUGGUGAAAAGACAAAGAACAACCUUUCCUCCUAACUUUGUCCACUCUCUUGAUGGGUCCCACAUGAUGAUGACAGCCAUUGCUUGUAAAGAGGCUUGCUUAAGUUUUCAGGAGGCUUAUGAAAGUGCUAUGGUGGCUAAGUUUGGUGAUGAUACUAGUUGCCAACCCCUCUUGGAUAAUGAAACAUGGUGUGAUGUUUCCGGAGGAGUCAAGAAAGGAAGAAUAUAUGGAUUCGGAUCUGUGUCUGAUCCAGCGAGCUUUUUGGAAGGAACAUCUAGUACAAUAACAUCCCAAGAGGUUGUCUAUGAAUGUAUACGAAACGAGAUGCGUGGGGAAAUGGAUGCUAAAGCUGCAGAAAUGGAAGCUAAACAUCAACAAAUGCAUGUAUGCAGCCUUGCAAAAUAUGAUGGGAAAUUGAAAAUUAGAGGAAUGAGAACCGAAGAUGAUUGGAUGGACAUGAAAUGAAGAGAGCAACUAAAAUGUUAUUUUGAAGUUAAGUUUUGUGAAAACUCAUUUCCCGAUGCUUAUUUUGAAGGUUAAACUUUUUUCUGUUUGUACAUCUUUUGCAUACUUUGGAUUUCUUGGUGUUAAAAUGUUGUCAAUCGAUGGGAGUUUGAUGUUAUGUGGACAGUUCUUAACCGUUGGUAAACUUUGAUAGUUUUGG